GUUCAAUUUCCCAUCAACUCGAAAAGGGCAGCGAGUAUAGACCGCAACACAAUCAUGGACAAGGGUAACAAGAGGCGCAAGCUCUCUAAUGGGAGCUAUGAAGCUGUUACCCGAGAUGCUGACCACCCAACUCAAGAAACCAGUCCCAAAUCCAAGGAGCAGAGACGCUCACUCUUUGUCCGCUCUCUGCCUGCUUCCGUGACCACAGAGCGACUCACAGAGUACUUCUCGCAGUCUUUUCCUCUCAAGCAUGCCACGGUAGUCCUAGACCCUCAGACAAAGAUCUCGCGAGGAUUCGGCUUCGUCACCUUCGCCGAUGCAGAGGACGCGCAGGCUGCUCUCGCACAAUUCAACGACUCGGUGCUAGACGGCAGGAAGAUCAAGGUUGAGUUGGCCGAAGCCAGACACCGUGAUGCGGACCUUGGGGCGAAGAGCAGCGUCAAUACCACGGCUGUACAACUUCGAGCACAGCGAGAAAAGAAUCAAGCAGAGACCCAACCCCCAAAGUUGAUCGUGAGAAACCUUCCAUGGAGUAUCAAGACGGCCGAGGACCUCUCAUUGUUAUUUCGAAGCUAUGGCAAGGUCAAGCAUGCGGUGGUACCUAAGAAGGGCCCUAAGGAGCAGUACGGUUUCGGGAUUGUUGUGCUCCGGGGCAAAAAGAACGCUGAGAGGGCACUUGCCGCGGUCAAUGGGAAAGAGGUUGAUGGGCGCACGUUAGCCGUUGACUGGGCCGUCGACAGGAAGACUUGGGAAGAGUUGCAACAUACUCAUCCAGAAACUGCACAGCCACUCCAGGACGAGCCGAGGGCGGACAAUUAUAACGACGGUGACGCCGGUUCGGACGUCGAUGUGGAGGAGGACUCAGAGUCUGACGACGAUAACGAGCACGUUGACCAUCUUAGUGAUUCGGUUGGCGAUUCCGAGGAAGACUCCGUUGACGAAAUCGAUGCGAAAAGCGACGAAGAUGAUUUACAAUCAGAAACAGAGAGUACUACCCCCGGCCCCGAAGCACGCGACAAUAAAAAUGAUACCUCUGUUUUCGUGAGAAAUUUACCCUACACAACGGACGACGACCUUCUUCGUGAACACUUUUCCACUUUUGGACCGAUCCGAUAUGCACGGGUCGUCUAUGACCCAGAGACCGAGCGCUCCAAAGGAACAGGCUUUGUCUGCUUUUUCAACAUUGAUGAUGCCAAAACCUGCGUCAAGAAUGCUCCAAAGCAUGAUGUGCCAUCUGAACAUGCAAACAAUGACAAAAAGAGAGAAAAGGAAGGGUUGAAGCACUCCAUCCUUGAAAACGAAGCGGCAGAUCCGUCGGGUCGCUAUACACUCGAGGGCCGCAUUCUCCAGGUUUCCCGGGCUCUCAGCAGAGAGGAUGCAGAACGCCGAGCAAACGAGGCCAGUGAGAAAAGAGACGUCCGAGAUCGAGAUAAACGCCGUCUAUAUCUACUUGCGGAAGGAUCUAUCCCUCGAGGAUCGAAGCUCUACGAGCAGCUGGGCAAGGCAGAGAUCGACAUCAGAGAGAGCAGUGCUCGCCAACGGCAGCGAUUGAUCAAAAGCAACCCGAAUCUAUGCUUGAGUUUGACCCGACUAAGCGUUAGAAAUCUUCCCCGAGGUAUCGACAGCAAGGAAUUGAAGGCAUUGGCUCGCGAGGCCGUGGUUGGGUUUGCCAAGGACGUCAAAGAGGGCCUUCGACAGCCUCUGAGCAAGGAAGAGCUACGGCGAGGUGGUAGCGAGAUGCAAGAAGCUGAGCGCCGACGCAAGCUAUCCGGCAAAGGCAUUGUCAAACAGGCGAAAGUUGUAUUUGAAGACAAAGAAGGAAGUAAGGUCAAGGAAGGCGCUGGUCGAAGCCGAGGCUAUGGCUUCAUUGAAUAUGUUGGUCAUCGGAAUGCUCUGGCCGGCCUGCGUUGGCUCAAUGGGCACAUGGUCAAACCGCAAAAUGCUGGUUUGGAUAGAGGGAAACGCCUGAUUGUGGAGUUUGCGAUCGAGAAUGCCCAGGUCAUCCAGCGGAGGAAUGACAGAGAGCAAAAGGCCCGAGAAGGUGGCGGGAAAAGGGCCAAGGACAACAAGCUAGCAAAGUCCGAGGGCAGCGGAAGUGUCAACAAGAAGCGGAAGCGCAGUGACAAGAACGAUGAUGGAUCAUCUUCAAAGGCCUCGAAGGUCCCGGAGCCGGUCGAGCCCGAGGAGAAGAAUCGCAUUGCGAAAAGGAAUCGCAUCAUCGCAAAGAAGCGCCAGGCCAGGAAAGUGCGGAAAGGCUGAUGGAUUGAUUGAACGGAUGAGUCGCACGCAGUCUGCAGCUGAGGGUUGAGAAAUGAGCGACAUCGAGGUGCCGCUGAAGGCGAAGGACUGGAUCUCCUACUUCUGUCCGGGGUAUCUUCCUUAACGUCACAAUAAAUUGAUGUCUUCCUGCUCCCGUCUCUCUCAGCCCGUAUUCUGAGCACCCGCGACCUAGAGGGUAGAGGCAAAGGCAGUCAGCAACUGUCCUGAGAUUUG